CUCUGCAGGACAGACCCAGACCCCGUCCAGUCUUCCAUCCGUCGCGAGUCAGCGCUGGGAUGGAGCAAAUCACAACAACAGCAACAGCAACAACCCUCGCCAACGACAACCAGUACCAGUGCAACUGCAACGACCCCACUGCGCAUCGCCAAACGCGAUAGCAAGCCGCCAUUCCCACUCGUCGCACGUCGCUUGUCCUCCAGCUACAAACCUCCCAGAAACAACAACCUCGUCUCAAAGUCCCCCUUCAAAUCGCACAUCCCCAUUCCAUCCACAUCAGACACCGCAUUCCCCGUUCCUACCCGUGCCCCUCGUCGCGUCAGUGGCGAGAAACGACCAUGCCCAGAGUCCAUGCACGAGCAGGCGGAGAACGAGCGUCCCUUCGCAUUCAAGCGCGAGCGACGACAGUCCAAAGCCUACCAAGGGCUCAUAGAAAAAGAGCCCGUAACUAAGAGCCCGUUCAGACGUCCCCCAGAGUCGAAUGGAGACGAAGACCACCCACCCCCACCUCCACCCAAGGUGGCAUUGUCACCUCCUGCACAGCCUCCCUCGACCCCUGCACCCGUACUCUCUCGUCCUGUGACUCCCUCCCGUCCAUCUCUCGUUUCCAAACGACUCCAUGGUCCUAGAACAGCUGAUCAGUCUUCCAUAGAUAGUAAGAGACGGAGGCGGAAGACGGUUACGUUUGACGAACGCUGCGACGUAUUAGAAUUCGACCGUGAAGAGGAGGAAGAGGAUCCCUUCUUUUCAUCUGAUGAAGACAACUACGGAGAACCUGGCGCUGGUGAGGAGUUCGAACAAGAUCACCAUGCGCAGGACAAUUGCCAUCAGCCUCAAGACGCUGCUAACCAGGACAGUUUUGAGAGCAUACAACUUGGAGACGGCGAUCGCAGCAUUACUGGCAUAGUAGAUGCCAUGUUAUAAUCCGCUUCCGGGAGUGUGCCCGGUCUCAAUCCACCUCCUACGAUAUGGUUCGUGAUCACUCAGGCUCCUUCCAAGCACUACCAACCUAUAUAGACACAACUUACUGACAACGUAUACAGUACCUCAUUGCGUGUGUUGAGCGCACACCCGACUGUAAACUUGAGCUCGGGCAUGAAGUGCUUUUCAAUACGUGAUCGCUUCACAGCUUGUUGAACGACUGCGUCAGAGGUAACUUCAAGGUACCACAUCCAGUAUUCGAGUUUGUACCAAUGGACAGGGUAUAUUGAGCAAACUGUGCUCGCAUGUUGUCUAUGACAAAAUUUUGGUAGAUUAGUUACUUGUGGAAU